CUUUCUAUAAUUACCAUGUCUUAUUCAAGGUGUCAAUAUUUAUCUCUAAAAGAUUUACGGAAACAAUCUCCUAAAAACCUUCCGUAUACCGGGCUGGCUGUGGUAUUUGAAUAUCCCGGAUGUUGUCCAUGUGUUUAUAUUACCGGCGUCUUCUUUUCAGUCGUCCUUCUUCCAAAAAUUCGGAAUUUUAUCCUUUUUACUACCAAAAUCAUGCAUAGACGAAGGGCAGGACGUGGUCGAGCAGGUCGGAUGCCACCCUUUAUGAGAAAUCCCAUGGGACAGAAAUAUAUUGUUAGUCAUGUCCCAUUUGACCCUGUUAUGGCAGAACCAUUUUUCCCUAAAGCAAGUCCUCAAGAAGAUGAUGCCCCUUUAACACAGGCACUUUUAAAAAGAAAUCAAGAACUUACUCCUUCAAUGCCAGAACAGACAUCUGUACAAAACAUCAUGACUAAAAUUACAAGUAUAUUGGACAACCUUAUUGUGGCACCUGAUGGAGCUGAAUUUGGAGUUGAAGAAGUUAGAGCAGUUGGUUCAUACAAGAAAGGCACUAUGAUGCUUGGUCACCCUGUGGCAGACCUUGCUGUCAUCUUGAAAAAACUCCCUGCUGAGGCAGAUAUACUAUCAUUGGCUGCAAGAGUACAAAAAGCUCUUAAAGAAGAGGCUGCAACAGGAGAUAGCUCUACCACUACUGAUUUUCCUAUGCAAGCAAAUGAGGGAGGYUUCAAUAUAAGUGGUCCAGAUGGUGCUCUUGUACGUGUACUCAUCACUACCUUGCCAAAGAACUUAAGGGAAGCUGACCCCACAAAACAUGUUGAUGUAAAACUAUUAGAAGGUGCCUUGGCUACUAUUCGUCAUGCAAGAUGGUUUGAAGAGAAUGCUUUUCAUACAAGUAUAAGGAUUCUGGUUCGUCUUCUUAAGGACAUGAGAAAAAGAAUUGCUGGUCUACAAGGAUUAACCCCUUGGCUGAUUGACUUAUUGGCACAUCGAUCUGCWAUGGCUUCAGCAACUAGACAGCCUCUUAACAUUCAGGUUGCAUUCAAGCGUGCUCUUCAGCUGCUGUCUGCAGGUCUAUUUCUGCCAGGUUCUCAAGGAAUUGUUGAUCCAUGUGAGGGAGGACAAGUCAGAGCACACAGCGUCUUAAGUUUGGAAGAACAGGACUCUAUUACCACUACUGCACAGACACUUCUGAGAUGCCUAAAUCAUGGAGCCUUCAAUGAAAUCCUUGGWUUGAACAUAGAGGGAAUGCCUCCAGUUGCUGUGGACACAGAGGUAACGAGCUGGGGUGGUGUGAUAGUCACACCUGGAUCGAAAGCUUAUGAAAAACAAGAAGAGAAACCUGAAGAAGAGGGAGAAGGAGAGGAGGGUGAUGAUGAGGAAGCUGAACCUUUGGCACAGGAGGAGGACAAAAUGGAAACAAGUUAAAUAUAUUAUUAGUAUUCAUACUAUUAAAACAGUAAAAUCUUUACUUUCUGCUUUGAAGGACUCCAUUCCUAAUCAAAUAAUCCUUUAAAUGCAAUCUUUUGACAAAAUGUUGCAGACUAAAAAGAUCAACUUCACAUUCUAUGUAUCUAUAUUAUAUUUAUUAGAUAAGCAACAAAUCAAUGUAUUGUAGAAUGUAAAUAGAUUGUUGUCAUUCUUCCAAUAUGAGUAAGGGUUUUUUUGACAACCUUUUGUCAAAAGACUAAUUAUUUUGAUUUAAAAUGCUGAAGAUUUUACACACACACAUUUGAUGGCUCUGCUCUGUGACCCUUUUCUUCUUCUUUGUAGUUUUCAGUUCUUCUCUGAAAAURCAUCUUGCAAUCAUGUCAUUAAAUAUUCGAGAUACUUUAGGUACAACCUGGAUUUUUCCCUAGUUGAUUUUAUUGAUAUAAAAUAAUUAUUUUUAUGUUUUUGAUACAACAUAAUGUGCAAAAUUCUUUAGACUUGUUUAGCAACUUUGAUGUGUGAUACUAGCUGCAAAACUACAUAGUUUGUAUAUUUGCACUGAUUUCCCAGUGAAAAUCACAGACCUUUUUUCAGUUCCCCAAAGGAAAAUCAAAAGCUCAAGUUUGAAACAAUACCAGAAGACCCAGAAUCUGGGUCAUGUUAAUAUGGAAUUUUUGAACCAAUCAAAUCAAAGCCUCAUUCAUCUMCAACCAAAGCCUGUGAUUUUCCAUUGGGAAACUAAAAAGGAGCUGGUUAUAAUAAUGGCCAAGCAUUUGCAGGUGUUUAUUUGGAACUCAUGUUGCAUGACAAAUGAGCUAGAAAACAAUAUUCGGUAUAAAAUUCAUAUCUGGUCCUCCUGCCCUACAAAUUGCUAGUGAUGUUAAUACUCCAGUUGAAACAAAGGAAAACAAUGAGAUCAUGAUAAGAUUCACAAUUAAACUAGGGCAAAAGGCCUUAUAUAUCCUUAUUCCAUAAUACAAAUGCUAAUGGUUAAUAAAUAGUGUUGAUCAGUUGAUUAAGUUACAAUAGAAAGUGUGUCAAUUCUAGUAGACUAACCACCUUCUGCAUUAAGAAAUACCUAAACUACAGUGGAUAUUUUCUGCAACUGCUAUUUCAGUAUUAAGUAGUGUAAAGUUUGUUGUCUACAUGUUAUUCCUAUUUAUAKUACUUUUAGUGAGUGUUAAUGUGUUGUACAAUAAUUCCUGUUCCCACUGCUGCAUGUUAUAAGUUAGAAGCUUCUUUGAGAGGCUUGUAAAAUUUUAGAAUAAAAGUUAAUUCACAUUCA